UCGCAAGUUUUCUUACAUUUUUCUCGAUUGCGAUUCGCGUCCCUCGCAUCAUGCAUGGCUCGUGCCUUUUUUUGUCGAAAUCUUAGAAAUCGUCCGUGGCCCUGUCUGAAUUCUAGUGACUAGUGACUUUACUCAAACCUUACUGAGCUCUCCUUAUAGCUCUGUCUUGUGUUGUAUUUUAAUAAUACCGUAUCACUUGUGUAAAUCUCAAAAUCAACAUGCCGAACAUCAGGCUUCAGAGCUCUGACGGUGAGGUUUUCGUGGUUGAUUAUGAAAUUGCAAAAUCUUCUGUAACGAUUAAAACCAUGAUUGAAGACUUGGGUUUGGAAGAAGAUGACGAAGAAGUGGUGCCCCUGCCUAACGUGAACUCAGCUAUUUUGAAAAAAGUUAUCCAAUGGGCUACAUACCACAAGGACGACCCUCCUCCACCCGACGAUGAUGAGAACAAGGAAAAGAGGACAGAUGAUAUAUCCAGUUGGGAUGCAGAUUUCCUGAAAGUCGAUCAAGGUACCCUCUUUGAAUUAAUUUUGGCCGCCAACUAUCUGGAUAUCAAAGGACUCUUAGAUUGUACAUGCAAGACUGUAGCCAACAUGAUCAAAGGCAAGGCUCCUGAGGAAAUCCGCAAGACGUUCAACAUCAGGAACGAUUUCACUCCCAGCGAAGAAGAGCAAGUGCGCAAGGAAAACGAGUGGUGCGAAGAGAAGUAAUAGGACUCUGCAACAGGGUUCUGUUUUCUUUCAACUUGUUUCAUGUCUCGCUUUUAUUUUUGUAUGGUCAUCUCUCACAGCAUUUCAUCAAGCGGUCGGUGCAGGUUGUCAGAUUUUCCUGAAGUAACUGUAAACAAUACACGAUGAGCCUCUUAUUUUUCCACUAUUUUUAACUUUUCCAUCAUUUAUCCGGUUUCAAUCGAUAUGUCAAUAUUUUCUAUUCUCCAACUUUUCCUAUUUUAGUUUGUUUUUCCUUUGUUCUGUGGUCUGAAGGUUUGAAAAUCAGAUCCAAUGUACACUGAAGCUUUUAUGUGAGUGUUUGUGAUGGAAAAUUUUUUGUAUUCUCUUUGCAUUUAGGUUCUUCCUAGUUACAUUUUAAUUUUCAAGCUCAUAGUAACUUUUUGUCACCUCUAUUCUAUGAAUAAUUCUCAAAUGAAUUCGAAUAAUUUUAACAUCUUGUAACAGCGAAUUUCUUGGUGAACAAGUACCUAAAUUUGACAUUUCUUUAAGCAAUAGCUUUAGAAAUUCUCCUUUACUGUUUCCAUUGUGUAAAUAUUUUCAUUAUUAAACUUUAAUUACUCUAA